GGGCGGGGCUUUGGCCGGGGUGUGCGCGCGCCGGGCGUGGCCGGAGCGAGGGGCCGGGCAGAGCCAGGUGUCCCGCCAGGUGGGAAGAACUUAAGAGCCCGGGGAAGCCGCCUCACGGCCCCAAUUGGUGUGCCUGCGCCAGGAACUUCCGGGCCAGACCGUGCGUGUUUCCGGUCAAUAUGGCGGCGCCCAGUAGAGUCAGGUGCGGGCGAGUCUAUCUUCGGUAGCGGAGGCGACAAGAGGCUCGGGGAGCAGACCCCCAGGAGUCGACCCGUCGGGACGCCAGAGCUACUUCAGCGGUGGCCACCCCCUACCCCAACACAUUCUUCCUUUCUUCGCAAACUGCCCAUGGCGAACCAGGGCUCCGGGGGCAGUCGCCUUCCCCUGGCUCUGCCCUCAGCCUCUCAGGAUUGCUCGUCAGGGGGCAGCGGCUCCUCCGAGGGCGGCUCGGGCCAUCCCCCGCCCCCGCGAAACCUCCAAGGGCUGCUGCAGAUGGCCAUCACGGCGGGCUCUGAAGAGCCAGACCCCCCUCCAGAACCCAUGAGUGAGGAGAGGCGCCAGUGGCUGCAGGAGGCCAUGUCGGCCGCCUUCCGGGGGCAGCGGGAGGAGGUGGAGCAGAUGAAGAACUGCCUCCGGGUGCUGUCCCAGCCCACGCCGUCCUCAGCUGGCGAGGUUGAACUGGCCGCUGACCAGCAGGAGCGCGAGGGAGCCCUGGAGCUGCUGGCGGACCUGUGUGAGAACAUGGACAAUGCAGCAGACUUCUGCCAGCUGUCGGGCAUGCACCUGCUGGUGGGCCGCUACUUGGAAGCAGGGCCGGCGGGGCUGCGGUGGCGGGCGGCGCAGCUCAUCGGCACGUGCAGCCAGAACGUGGCGGCCAUCCAGGAGCAGGUGCUGGGCCUCGGCGCCCUGCGCAAGCUGCUGCGCCUGCUGGACCGGGACCCCUGCGACGCGGUGCGCGUCAAGGCCCUCUUCGCCAUCUCCUGCCUGGUCCGGGAGCAGGAGGCCGGGCUGCUGCAGUUCCUCCGCCUGGACGGCUUCUCCGUGUUGAUGCGGGCCAUGCAGCAGCAGGUGCAGAAGCUCAAGGUCAAGUCGGCGUUCCUGCUGCAGAACCUGCUGGUGGGCCACCCUGAACACAAAGGGACCCUGUGCGCCAUGGGCAUGGUCCAGCAGCUGGUGGCCCUCGUGCGGACAGAACACAGCCCCUUCCACGAGCACGUGCUUGGAGCCCUGUGCAGGAGGAGCUGGAGUUCUGUGAAAAGUUGCUACAGACCUGUUUCUCCACCCCAACUGAUGACAGCAUGGAUCGGUGAAACCCGGUGGCUUCUCUCCCCCUCUUCAUGGGAACCCCAGGCCUCCUGCCUUCCCCUCACCCAUGAAGCCCUCUCCCAAAGGAGAGAAGGGCCUUGUUGGUGCCGUGCCCGGGCGUGUCAGCCUCUCUCUACUCAGCCCCCAGGGUGGGUGCUGAAAAAGGCGCUGGCUCCUUGGAUCCCGCCUCUCCCGCACUCUCACUCCACUCCCCUUCUCAUGUCCACACUGCUCUUCCAGUUAAGGUGUUCCUCCUCCACCUCCUUCACUGCCACCUUUGUCGCCUCGCCUGGAGAGUGCCUUGGUAGGGGAGGAGGGGCACAAUCAGAGGAUCUAGGGAGCCAAGGAGGGAACAGCAGUGGGCGGAACCUUGGAAUAAUAAAAAUGUUGCUCUCUAAAGUCCGGAGCCAUUGUCUUUCAUCCUCCCAGCAUCUCUGGAGAGGGAGUGUGUGGGAUACUCGUCCUUCUCUUUGCCCGCCCCCCGCCCCCCUCGGCAUCUCUGAUAACUUCUCUGAAGAAAUAUGCUUUUGACAUUCACGCUUCCGC